AUGUGUCUCUCUGAUUUUAGGACGUGUCCUUCGCCUUUCAAAAGGAAGAAGGAGAAGCAAGGAGCUGAUGUGAGGCACGAGGAUCAACAGCAGCAGCCUGGCAGGAAGGUCCCCACGUACGAAGAUGUCCCAGAUGUCCCCGUCUACGCCACGGUGAGCAAGGCCAGGGCCGUGCAGCAGGACGAGAGCAUCCACUACGCCGACAUCCAGGUGUUCUCCAAGGCGCGGGAGCGCUCGGCGGCCGAGCUGAGGAGCCUGCAGCUGCAGAACGCCACCGAGUACGCCACGCUCCACUUCCCCAGGGCCCGGCUCAAGUACGACAGCAAAAACGGGACCCUGGUCUGA